UUUUUUGGGUGGAGGAUGGUCUUUUUUCUUUUUAAAAUUCUAUAGCAAUACUUGUUUUAGCUUUUCACUUUGUGUUGUAGAAAAGAAAAAUACUUUUUGUGCUAUUUUUUGAGGCUGUGGUGUUUCCUCAGAAUAAAGCACAUUUUUUGGUGUGUGGUUCUUGUUCUUUUUGUUUGCUCUGGUUGAAAUAGAAGCUCAUUUCUCUUCUUGGUAAUAUCUCUCUCCCUAAUGAAUGAAAACGUGUAGCCAUAGCAUGCCUUGUACAUUUUUGAUGAGCCAUUGGUUUCUGUCUGCUGAUUUUGUUUUAGAGUGAGUUUUGUCUCUUUUAAGGAAAGACCUUAGAUUGCUUUUUUGCUUGUUUCUAUUGUUUCUUUGUUAAAUAGGUUGUUAUCUUGAAUUGAAUGAACUGAUUCUUGAGUGACUUCUGAGAUGAUGAUUUGGCUUGCCUUUUACUAAAAUUUGCUAUGGUGGAAGUGAAAGGAUGUGGUUAGGAUUCUAAGAAUAACCAACUGGUAGAUGUUGUGGCUCUGGGGCUACAUACAAUUAUAUGUAGAUAACAAUGGAGGGUUCAUCUGAAUCUGGUUGGGAGGUAUCAGAUAGUUCCAGGGGUUUGAAUUCUUCAGCUCUUGUAGACCGGAAUCCUAGAUUUCAAACAAGCAGCAUUAGGUCCUCCGGUGAUGUGUCGCAUGAUACCGGGUUUGUUCCGGGUAGAAAGGGGAGGGGAAGAAUUGAGUCCCCUCACGUAAAUCGCCUUAAAUCCCAAGGUGGGGUUACAGAGGAUCGACUUGCUGUGGACCGAGGUGAUCGGAGAACAGACUGUACUGAUGUUAGUUUGAGGCAGUGGCUGGACAAUCCGGAGAGAGCUGUUGACGCUCUUGAAUGUUUGCACAUAUUCUCCCAAAUUGUGGAGAUUGUAAACCUGGCACAUUCGCAAGGAAUAGUUGUUCAUAAUGCACGACCGUCAUGUUUUGUCAUGUCAUCUUUCAAACGUAUUGCUUUUAUUGAAUCCGCAUCCUGCUCGGAUUCAGGGUCUGAUUCAUCAGAAGAUGACGGUUUAAACAGCCAAACUAUCGAGUUAAAGGAUUCAUUCUCAGUUUUGCCUCAUGAGUCGGGCGAGCUGGGGAGACAAAGUUCUCAGCUUGAGAAGAUUUGCACAAAAGCUUCUGUAAAAGCAUCUGAAAGCUGUUGCUUGCAGUCAAGUUCAGGCCAUGUGGUGCAGACUAAUAAGAAGCGACAAGAAGAAGAAAAGAAGCAUACCUUCCCAAUGAAACAGAUAUUGCUCAUGGAAACCAAUUGGUACAAUAGUCCAGAAGAGAUUGCUGGUGCUCCAAGCUGUUGUGCUUCAGACAUUUAUCGACUUGGAGUCCUCCUAUUUGAGCUAUUCUGCACCUUCAGUUCACUCGAAGAGAAAAGCGCAACUAUGCAUAGUCUAAGACACCGUGUCCUCCCUCCUCAGUUGCUGUUAAAAUGGCCUAAAGAAGCUUCGUUUUGCUUAUGGUUACUGCACCCCGAGCCAAGCAGUAGGCCUAAAAUGGGUGAGUUGCUAGAAAGCGAGUUCCUUAAUGCUCCAAGAGAUGAGUUUGAAGAGCGUGAAGCAGCAAUAGAGCUUAGAGAAAAAAUAGAGGAGCAAGAGUUAUUGCUGGAAUUCCUUUUGCUGAUUCAACAGCGAAAGCAGGAGGCUAAGCACAACUUGCAUGAGAUAGUAUCUUUUUUGUCAUCUGACAUAGAAGAGGUCUCAAAGAUGCAGAAGACCUUUAGAGUCAAAGGGGGUUCAAAUCAGGAACCAGUAAAGGAUUUGGAUUCGGGGAGGAUAAAUAUUACUGAGAAUGAUGAUGCUGGGAGCUCUGGAUCUAGAAAGAGAUAUAGGCCAGGCCUUUCUAUCGGCACGAAUGAGGAAUUGGAUGAAAAUCCAGAUGAAAGUCAGAAGUCUGAGAAGCAUGUUGAAGACAAAGGGAGUACUCUGGCAAAAAAUUCCCGGUUGAUGAAUAACUUCAGAAAAUUGGAGGCAGCGUAUUUCAUGACAAGACAUAGGGUUACCAAACCAACUGGGAAACCAUUGAGUAGACAUUCUCAGGUAGGUACAGAUUGCAGAACUUCAGUAGUAGCACCAGAAAGAAUUUCAGUGAGUAAUUCGUCAUCAAAGGAGGGGUACAAUGCGGAUAGACAAGGUGGAUCGAUCAGCUCAUUCCUGGAGGGCCUGUGCAAGUAUCUAUCUUAUAGCAAGUUGGAAGUGAAGGCCGACUUGAAGCAAGGGGAUCUUCUAAAUUCUUCCAAUCUUGUAUGUGCUCUCAGCUUUGAUCGUGAUGGUGAAUUUUUCGCAACUGCUGGUGUAAAUAAGAAGAUCAAAGUUUUUGAAUAUAAUGCAAUUGUGAAUGAGGACCGCGAUAUCCGCUAUCCAGUAGUUGAAAUGGCUAGUAGAUCUAAGCUAAGCAGCAUAUGUUGGAAUGGCUAUAUUAAAAGCCAGAUCGCUUCAAGUAACUUUGAAGGUGUGGUGCAGGUAUGGGACGUCACAAGAAAUCAGCUUUUCAUGGAAAUGAGAGAACAUGAAAGGCGCGUCUGGUCUGUUGACUUUUCCGUAGCAGAUCCAACCAUGUUGGCCAGCGGGAGCGAUGAUGGUUCUGUCAAGCUCUGGAAUAUCAAUCAGGGAGUAAGUAUUGGGACCAUCAAAACAAAAGCCAAUAUCUGCUGCGUCCAGUUCCCCUUUGAUUCUGGUCGCUCCCUUGCUUUUGGUUCAGCAGAUCACAAGAUAUAUUAUUAUGAUCUACGUAACUCAAAAAUGCCUCUAUGCACAUUAAUCGGGCACAACAAGACUGUGAGCUAUGUCAAGUUCAUAGAUUCCACAACGCUUGUGUCUGCAUCUACAGAUAACACAUUAAAACUAUGGGAUUUAUCGAUUUGCUCAUCUCGAAUUCUUGAUUCGCCUCUUCAGUCAUUUACUGGACACAUGAAUGUAAAGAACUUCGUUGGCUUAUCUGUAUCUGAAGGUUACAUUGCUACUGGCUCGGAGACAAAUGAGGUCUUUGUCUACCACAAAGCUUUUCCUAUGCCUGCAUUAUCAUUUAAAUUUAAUAGCACGGAUCCGCUCUCUGGUGAUGAAGUGGAUGACCAAGCACAGUUUAUCUCAUCUGUUUGUUGGCGUGGUCAGUCCUCUACCUUAGUUGCCGCAAAUUCUAUGGGAAAUAUUAAGCUAUUGGAGAUGGUUUAAUGUAGUUCAUUUGUGGUCAAAGUUUUGGGAGUUGCCUUGAGGAUAGAAAGAUAAGGGUUCUGCAUUGGUAAAUGAAUGGCUUGCAGUGAAGAUGAGGAAAUUGCCAUCAUCAAGAAACCAAGAUUUUUGCUAGUAGUUCAUAUAGUAGAAGUAGCUCACUGCAAAUAUGAGAACAUACAUUGGUUGUAUGGUGAAAUGCUGUACAUUAAAGGGAAAGAAUGCUAAAUGUGCAUUUCUCUUUGUAUAUUCUAUAUAUGAUUUCCAGAAAACUUUUUAUGAAAGCAAUGAGGCAGAAGAAUACGAGCAUGUGUCUCAUAUUGGUUCUCUCUUGAUCUCAUCUGCCCAAUCAAUAUAUUCUAUAAACUUCAUUCAUAAUAAA